AUGCAUGCAUUUACAACUAAUAUGAUGUUAAUGAAAAAGCGGCAGGCGGAGCUGAAGGAGCAGCUGAAGGAGAUGCACCGCAGCGUGGAGACAAACGAACAACAAAUAGAAGAGUUGUCUUCACAGGUUAAACGCCUAGAGGGGAAAUUAGCUGCAACUAAUAACGUCGCUACGGCCCUCGGAGAGGCCAGCCACAAACUGAUUGAGCUGGUGAAGAGCGGGGACCUCAGCAGAGAGGACAGCCAGGAGGCGGAGAGGAAAAGGGAGGAGCUGUUGAAACUGCUGGAGCAGGAGCGCCGGCAUGCUGAGGCUCUGGCUGAGAGCAUACAGCAGCAGCAAUCUAUAGAGGUAGAGCAGCGGGAAUUCCAGGCCACUGCUGCUGCGCUGCAGCAGCAGCUGCAGCAGCAGGUGCUGUGUCUGCAGCAGCAGCUGCAGCAGCAAGAGAAGGAGGCUGAGGCAAUGCGUCAGGAGUUAUAUCAGCAAGUAGAAAAAACAGAUAAAGCCAAAGAAGAUGUACAAACAGAGCUGCGCACCGCAUGCAAUCAGCUGCAGCAGCUGCAGCAGCAGCUGCAGGAGACAGCGCAGCAGAAGCGUGAGCUGGAGUUAGCAGCAACUGAGUGGGAGGCCCAGAAGACAGAGAUGAGCAGACAGAAAGAGGAGACACAGGAGGCGUUGCAGGCCAAGGAAAGAGAGCUGCAGCAGGUGCAGCAGCGCAUGCAGGAACUGAUGCAGCAGAUAGAGGAGUAUGUUAGUAAAGAAGCAGCUUAUAUAGCAGAAGGAGAGGCAUUGAGGGGGAAUAUAGGGGAGCUGGAGUUAUCUGUACAGGCAGCAAAAGAGGAGACACAGAGACAGCUAGCAGAGAAAGAAGAAGACAGACGUCAGCUAGAGAUAGCUCAACAAACAGCAAUGGCAGUGCUGCAGCAGCAGAUAGAACAGCUUAAACAAGAAAGAGCAGAAGCUAUACUCAGCUCGCAGCAGCAGGAGACAGCAGCAUUGGGCCAUGAGUAUGAGGCCCUGAAGGAGACAGUCAACAGCCUGAGGAAGCAGAAUGCAGGUUUGUCAGCACAGCUGCAGCAGCUGCUGCAGCAGCAACAGCAGCAGCAGCAGACGCGCAGUGCGCAGCAGCAGGAGCAGCAGCAAUGGCAACGCAAAUAUGAGGCCCUUCUAGGCAGCCUGGGGGAGGCACAAGAUAGAUAUAAACACCUCGAGGUGCUGCUGCAGCAGAGCUACAAGGAGUCGCACAGGUCGCUGCAGGAGGCGCAGCAACAGCUGCAGCAGCUGCUGCUAAAAGACAGCAGCAGCAGCAGCAGCGAACAGCAGUUUAGCGCACGCAAGCAGCAACACGAACAGGGCGUCAUGAGGGUGCAUGUGGAGGUAUCUGAGGUGAGAGGGCGGGAUGCAGUUGCACCGCAGCCGCAGCUGAGGGAGUUGCAGCAGCAGGAAGAUGCUCUACGCAGCUUGCUGCAGCAGCAGCAGCAGCAGGAGACACGAACAGAUGCAGCAGAGACAGACAAACCGCUGCAGCAGCUCCUCGCAUCUCUGCAUGAGCAGAGACAGCAAUUCGAGGACGCAGCAAACAAACAGAAAAUACUGAUGGCAGCGAAUGAACGCAUGCGUAGAGAAAACCAGUACCUCAAGGCGGAGUUAGAGGAGCUGAAGAGUCUGGUGUUAACUGAGAGGGGGGAGGGUGGCGUAGCAAGCGUGCUGGAGUUGGUGCAGCAGCAGCUGCAGCAGCUAGCUGCUGCGUUCGAUGCCUUCAAGAGAACAGAGGCGCAGCAGCUAGCAGACCUCAAGGGGGCUGUUGGGGGCCCCACACAUAUAUUUAAUGUUUCUUAUCCUCCCUUUGUUAUACCCCUGGUUAACGUGCAUGAAAGCAAAGACGGAAACGACAAAACCAUUAAUAUUUCAGGGAUGCUGGACGUGCGUGCUGCAUCGACUGGCGUUGUUAGUGGGGGGGGGUUGGGGGGCCUCCUGGGGCCCCGGCCGAAUCUGCCGGCGUUGCAGGGUAGCCGCUUUCGUGAGUUUGUAUCGCGCUGGUGUGAUAGAGGUUACUGCUGCAGCGGCAGCAACGAUGCUGCAGCAAACGCAGCAGUUUGCUGCUUAGGAGGAGACUGCACCGCAGCAGAUACACAGGCAGACAACUGGCACACAAAUACACAAGUCUUUGCGCCCACGGGGAAGGAGGAGGUGCAGGCCCUGAGGAUGUGUGUGGGGCCCCCAGGCAGCGCGCCCCGGCUGGAUGGGCCCUUUCAGCUCUCUGAGGUGAUAGAGCUGCAGUCAAAGGAUACAAACCCCAGCGGCAGCAGCAGCAAAGGCUGCAGCAACCGCAACAGCAACAUUGCACCUGCUGCAGCGUACUGA